AUGAGCUCCAACAAGAUUCUGGUGACCUACACCUCUUCUCCCGCCUUCCUAUCCACCGACCACUGGAAACAAGUCCAUGCUGCCCUUCUCUGUCAGUUUCCCCUUCGUACUCUCCACUGGAAAUCCCCAUCUCGGGCAAAUAUCGAGACCAUCCCUCAAGUGGACGUUAACCUUGUCCCCCUCGAGAGCCUGCGUGAUGAGCACACGUCCCAGAUACCACAGUCCUUGUUGGACAAGCCGCUCUUAAACGUGUACUUUGUCGUAUGCGACGAUAACGACACGUAUAAGAACACUGUCAGAAAGCAAAUUCGAGACUGGCACGCGUCUGUCAGUCAACUACGGCCAGACGGGAAGAUAGGGCAGGGGAGGAUGUUCCAAAUGAAGGCCUCUGUGCUCGACAAGAUCAAGGCCGACCUCAAUGCAGACAAGAAGGAUAGAUGCAUUCAAGUCGCUUGGUCUACCGAUUAUGAGAACCCAGCAGCAUGGGCUGAGCUCAUCAACAAAUUCAAGGAGGGGAUUUUAUCAGCCUUCGAUUCAGCGUUCACGCAACGGGAAGAAGAGGUCAAACGUUCGGAGGGCCAAAGGCAUAUGCCCGGCUGGAACUUCUGUACAUUCUUCAUCCUAAAGGAAAGUCUGGCGACGUCUUUCGAAGCCAUGAGUCUAUGCGAAGAGGCAUUACAGCAUUAUAACGACUUGGAGGCUUCUUUCUUCAGGGUUCUACGGGAAAAGAACCUCACGUGGUUCGGUGCUCUCAUCGCUCCAGGCUCUGAAGACGACUCGACCCCACUGCUCUCUGUCAGCAAGAAGCCAUACCGCGAUUUGAUUUUAGCCAAUUCGAUCUCAAUAUUCGACUUCCGAGUAUACUUGUUAGCAAGACAAUGUGCUCUUCUAAGCAAGCUCUCCAGGGUCAUAGAGGUCUGCAGGAAAGCCGUUGCAUUCCUUAGUGGCUUUGGCCGCCGACUUCGGGAGCUCGAGGGCACAAUACCUCUGUUCUUUGUGGAGUCGUGGACCUAUUCUUCUGCUCUUAGUGUCGUUGAACAGGUCGAUACCUGGGCGAAUGACGUGAAAAUGGGAAAACCAGCCCUGGCCAGGUUCAGUGCUGUCAAAGGCGAGCUUUUGGAACUGGCACAGCAGCAGCUCGACAUUAUUGGUAUCCGAGUUGGACACCUGCCAUCCCGCCCGCCGUUCUCGAUAGCCCUCCCUGCUCCAACACCUGAAUCAACAGAGGCUCAGGAGCCGCCUCCGGGGAAAAUCUCACGAACGGAGCUUCUAUCUGCAAUAGAUGAUAAGGAGGCGUUCUUCGAUCUGUAUGUCCAGAUCAUCAACCGUGCGAUCGAGUUGUAUGCAGCAGCUGGUCGUCGGAAGUUCGCCCUCAAGUUGCAUGGAAACCUCGCCGCACUCGACCUGUACGUGGCUUCAUACAUGUCCACAUUCUGUUCUCAGUCGGCUUGUAGGGCUCUGACGGUGCAUACGUCGGCGGAGAAGGCGAGGGACGAGGAGUGGAUCCACAUCGUAUUAGAUUUCUUGAGGACAUAUGUGGAGGAUAUGGGCAAGGAGCUUCUCAUGGACGUCGAUGACCAACUAUCCUAUGUGGUGGGCCUAGUGACCUCUUUGAUUGAGGCGGCGCGCGGUUUGCAAGCAGAUCUGCUUCACCCUGACCAUCCUGCAUUAUCGUUGACAAUUGCCGACAAAGCCGUUCGCCUCGCGGAGUCUCAGGAUGGUGCACUAUUGGACGUGAUCGUUCGCAACCGUUUACCGUGCGAUUUAUCCGUAGAUGAGGUUAUUGCAGUGCUCGUAGGCUAUGAGGGUGCUCAAUUGACAUUCUCGACCGACGCGACGACCUUGAAUCCUGGGAACAACAAGGUCACAUUAUUCUGUUCUUCGUCAACCGCGGGCGUGUUUGCUCUUCAAGCAAGCCAAGUCAAAAUAUCUAAGCUGACCUUCGAGUGGAAAGACGCUAGGCUUCUGACAGCUACCAAGAACCUAAAGCUGAAGGAUGUUCCCACCCUGGUUCGCAUACCGAAGGACAUCCGAGCAUUGGACGUGAGGAUACGUCCACCUCAACGCAGUAUGCUAUGGGUCCUGAUCACAUUCGAAGUCGGCGUGCCUGCCAAGAUCAUGGUCGCCUUGCACACUGGGAGGAACGAUAUCGUGUCUGCUCAGAUCAUGCUCUCAUCUCCAUCAGGCGUCCAGUUUCAUUUUUCAGAGGCCAAGCUUGAUGGCGAUGGUUCGGCACAGCUUGAAAUAAAUGAAGACGCUCUGACCGUGUCUAGUGUUGAGGCGGAUAGUGUGGUCGUAAUCUCACUGCCUCACUCUGACGCUUCGUCGUAUCACACGCUGAGAAUCAAUGCUGCUUUAGAAUACACAACAGUAUCCGAGCCAGACAUUACCAGGAGGCUCGGCUUUGCCAGAUUCGUAGCCACAUCACUCCCAAUGACGGUCAACGUGGAGGAUUUUUUUAGAGGGACAAGACUGUUCACACGGUUUACGCUGUCUACGUCGUCUCAUCAGCAUGUGCGGAUUCGAUCGGCCCACCUGGAAACAUCGCGAGAGGAUGAGGAUAACGUCAAGGUCACAGGGUGUCAUGCACAGCAGCCUAGCGUCGUUUCAGGCAAAUUCAUCUUUCAGCUCGACUCUGCGCGCGGACAAGCUGGGGAUCCUUUACGGCUACGAAUUACUUAUCGCAUGUUGCGAGAAGAGGUCGAAUCCCUGAUUGAUGUCUCGAUGGCAGCAAUAGUCGCCGAAACACCACAUCUACUCCCGCAUCGGGACCUUCUCAUUGACAAGGUGGUAGAUGCACUAUCAAGUGACGCAAAGUGGAUCGAACUGUACGGUAUCACUGGCGAGCUGGUUGUUCCGGACAUCGUUGAAGAGGAAGGCGAUAUCGGUGAUGGGUUACGCCGAUUAAAUGCGAUCCUUGCCAAGAAACGACCAGGAGAUUACCCCUUUGGCGAGUGGCGUGAAAUAAUAAUCCCUGUGGAUGUUCCCCGGAUGCAUAUCCUCGCCGCUGCCCAUCUACGUGUCACGCCAAAUCCAUGGGUAUCGCCCCAGGCGAAGAAUGCCUCACUGCCUCUGUUCGCCGGCCAGCCAAUAUCAGCUGUGGUCAGCGUCACCACUUCAUUCCACUGGGCACCUCUAGAAGAUGAGAAACCCCAAGGCUGUCUUCUCCGUUACGACAUCGAAGAUAUGACUGGGGAUUGGCUUGUCAGUGGAUGUAAGAGAAGCGACUUCCAAGCUGAGGAUGGGUCCACAUUCACGAUGCCCGUCACGCUCAUUGCCCUUCAUCAUGGAGAACUUUCGUUACCCAAAAUUGCCAUAAAUGCCCUUCCAACUCAAGGUGGUCCUCGAAUGGGAUCCUCAUCGGUACCUAGCUGUGAAACAUACCAGAUGCAUGGUGCAGAGAAGGUCCUGGUGCUUCCUCGGGGAGGCAGAAGCCUAGAUAAUCUUCCUAGCGAGACUCAACAUUUGCUUUCGGAGAUUAGGAGCGGAUACUCUGCAGCUCGAGAUCCAGUCCAGAAGGCAAACGAGAUCAUACGAAAUUCUAUAGCAAUCCCUGAAUUGCCUGCGACACCGGCCGCGAGCUCUGGUCCUCCACAGAAGAAGCGUAAGACAAUGCCCGUAGCUUCCGCAGGGAGCAUCAAGCUUCCUAGUCCAGCACCUAUGUCGGCAGCACCGUCCUAUGGUACCGGGCAGCGGUCCAGGGUACAUACCCGCCAGUCGCCGUUACGCUCAAGGCGCGUCACGGAAUCUGCAGGACCAGACAUUGACGAAGAUGCGGAGGGCGAAGACGAUCUGGAGGAAGGGAUGGACGACAGCGGAGACGCAGAAGACAAGAGGCUUUAUUGCUUCUGCCAGAAGCUCUCUUACGGAGAGAUGAUUGCAUGCGACAAUGCCGACUGCCGCUACCAAUGGUUCCACUUACCCUGCGUCAAUUUGAAACCUCCGCUGCCGGAGAAUUGGUUCUGCGAGGAUUGUAUAUCGAGGAUGAAAGGCACUUCCAGUACGCUACCGUGGUCUAUGUUGGUGUUGGAACAACGGUGCGACGGCGUGGCGAGCGCCGAUCGAUUUAUACUACGAGGCUAUCGCGCCCGAGCUUUCGAGCGAGUUCCUGACCACGCGCUUCAGCAGUUGGAACUUGUGACGUCGGAAUCACCGCCUUGGUAG